AUGGGGUACAUGAUAGACCGUCCGUCCGCCACGCGCGUGUCAGUGCGAGUGCAAGAUCUGCUGUUCGCCAUGGCCGUUUCCAACUCCUGCAUGAACCCGCUGGUGUAUGGGUCCUAUACCCUGGACAUCCGCGGCGCCGUGCGACGGUUCCUCAAGAACACCUGCUGCCGGUCUACUUCAGCGUCGGACACUAUAGCACUUCGCGUGCAAGACUUGCUGUUCGCCAUGGCCGUCUCCAACUCCUGAAUGAACCUGCUGGUGUACGGUUCCUAUACCCUAGACAUCCGCGGCGCCGUGCGACGGUUCCUCAAGAACACCUGCUGCCGGUCUACUUCAGCCUCGGAUACUAUAGGUAACUCCGGAUCAAGCUCUACCAAAAAGAACGUGGCGCCUGAGACACCACUGGUAACGCCUCUUAAGAACGGCCGAGUCCGAACCCGGCUUGGCGUGCGUUUCGCCGAGACCUCUCUCACGACCGUCCCGGAGCGGGACGUCCCGCGUCCCAUCCGGGCGCCGGCCUGAUACCCGCCGCCGCGGCUGCUCUGCGCGCAACACGAGCGCUGCCGGGUGCUGCACGAGUAUUACCGGGACAAGCUGCCGGCGCCCGCACAGAUAUAGCGGGCGGGCGGGUAUCGCUACGAAGUGAUACAGGCGGCUAGGGUUAGCGUCUGAUUGUGGACUUUUGUGGUGAGGCGGAUGAAAAGAGUGUGUGGAUCUUGCCGGGUGCUGCACGAGUAUUACCGGGAAAAACUGCCGGCGCCCGCGCACAUUAGCGAGCCCGAAGCUAUAGUUACGAAGUGAUACAGGCGGCUAGGGUUAGCGUCUGAUUG